UGGAACGAGGCUUUUUCUCAAAGUGUUUACAUUACUUUCACGUGAUACGUCGCUCGGAGGUAGAGUUAUUGAAUUUCUGUUGGUUUUUCCACUGCAUUCUACUCAAACAGCGAGGCCACGUUAUUUUAGACAUUUUUACACUAUGUACACAAAAGCUCGGGUUUAUAUGACGGGGUGUGGGCUUAGCACGCACACAAUGGAAAAGAGUAACACAAAUUAAUAUUAAGACUGCAUUAUGUAUUUUUUUUUUUAUUUUUUUUUUUUUACUUAAUUUAAAUUUAAAAGAACCUGUCAUUUGCAUGUUGUUCCUUUUUUUAAGGCUUACGUGGGCUUGCUUUAGAUGAGCGUUAUCACACUGUGGUUGCAUGGGUGUUAACCCUUAACUACUAGUAAGUGGGCAGGCCCAGCUCGACAAUGCUGUGUCAGAGGAUCAUUCGUUAGUUCCACCAGAAGCAGCGUCUCCGGGCAAGUCCGUCUCUGUGGUGAGACUUUUCUCAGAAGUAGAGUCGGGCUUGAAGGCGAAGGCCCGUCAUGAUCACGACCAAGGUCUUCCUCCAGGAGCUGAUCAUAAAUCCUGACAGACUCAACCAUUUGGUGGACGAAGCCAAAGAGGCGGCUCUUCAGCACGGCCUCCUAAUACGGACACGCGAGACCCCGAAUUCGUCAGAGGUCGUGACCUACGCUCCCUUCACCCUCUUCCCGUCUCCUGUGCCCAAAGCCGUCCUCCUCCAGGCCCUGGAGGUGCAGACUCACUUCAACACACUGGUGGACAGGAUCAGCCAGGACCCGGACUUUCUACAGGAGGCUCUAGCGGGUACGAUCCAGGCGGACGACUUCACAGCCAAGUUGUUCAGGAUACACAGACAAGUGCAGCAGGAAGGUCGGACACAGUCCAUCGUGGUGGGUUUGAACCGGUCCGACUACAUGGUGGAGCCCGCGGCCGACGGGACGUCCUCCUUGAAGCAAAUAGAGAUCAACACUAUUUCUGCCGGUGGCUUCGGUGUAACCGACCUUCUCCCUGCAGUCCACAGGCACAUACUGAGAUCCGUGGGUCUGGUGGAGGAGAGCGAGUGUGUCCAUGAAUCCGACAGGACUCCUCAAAUGACUGCCGCUCUGGCCAAGGCCUGGGAGCUUUACGGUCAAACAAAGGCGGUGAUCAUGUUCCUGGUGGAGGACGUCCAGAUCAGUCAACUCACUCAUCGUUGCAUUGAGCGAGAGCUUUGGAAAAGGAAUAUUCCAGUUAUACGCAGACACUUUGAAGACGUGUCAACAAAAGGAUUCCUGGAUGGCGACAAGAGACUGUUUGUAGAUGGGCUGGAGGUCGCUGUAGUGUACUACCGCUAUGGCUACAUGCCAGACAACUACACUGAACAGAGUUGGGACGCUCGUCUUCUGAUGGAGCGCUCUCUGGCCGUGAAGUGUCCCGACAUCAGCACCCACCUGGCCGGGACCAAGAAGGUCCAGCAGGUUCUCGCCAGGCCUGGAGUUCUGGAGAAGUUCUUCCCUGGGCAGCCUGAAGCAGUGGAGCAGAUCAGGGCCACGUUUACUGGCCUCUACACUCUGGACAUGGGUCCUGAAGGAGACCGGGCGGUGGCCAUGGCUUUAGCCAACCCACACGAGUUCGUCCUGAAGACUCAGAGAGAAGGAGGAGGGAACAAUUAUUUCGGGGAGGACAUAGUCCGAGUGCUGCAGGAGUUUAAGAGCGACCCGAGGAGAGCCGCUUACGUUCUGAUGGACCGGAUUCGACCCCGGACAGAAGAGAACAUCCUGCUGAGGAGAGGACUGCCGCUCAGACUCACCUCUGUUUGCUAUGAGAUCGGAGUGUGUGGAGCCUACGUGAGGCACGAAGGACAAAUGGUUAUGAACGAGGCCGUCGGCCCCAUCCUGAGGACGAAGAGCGUGGAGCACGAUGACGCAGGACUCAUCGGUGGAGUGACCGUGUUCGACACUCCGCUUAUAAUCUGAAGUCCUGGUGUCCUGCAAAGGCCUAGAAAUAUUUAUUUGUUUAGACUCUUGUUCCAUCUUCUCACAUGACUCUUUUUUUUAUUUUCUCUGUUCUCUGUUUAAAAUGUGACCAAAAAUACUGACAGGUGAGCCAGAGAUGGAACUUCAGUAUUUUUUCCCCAUUAAAUAAAAACACGGCAGCUUGCCAGUUACGCACUGCGAACACUAGGUGGCGGCAAAGCUCAAAGCAUUUCCCGCCCUCUUGUAAACACACAACAGGAAAUCCGCAGAGUUGAAGCGAGGCCAAGCAGAUCACCGGGUUCAUGCGAGUUUGUGUGUGCAUGCGGCAGACACUUGUAGUUCCCCAAACGCAUCACUAACACGUUGCUAGGUGUUGCUUUCAGAUGUUUCUGCACUCUGGGCGUGAAGCAAAAAAAACUGACUUCCAAGUUACACAUUUGCUCAUUAAUUAUUUAUUAUAAUUUAAAUACAGAUUUUAAUUGCAAUAACUUGAGCAUUGCAAUGCAUCAUUUUAGUAUUGAUUAGGAGAUUAUUAAAGGACGAGUUAAUUACUUUUUUUUUACUGAACUGUCAACACUGUUGUCAUGGCGAUCUACAGAUUAACAUAAAGGCAUAAAUCAAAACAACCGUGCACGUUCACAUGCGCUUCUUCCACGUGUUCAUGUUUUUCUAAGCCCCCGGUAGUUUUUCUUCCACAUUACACGUUUUUUUUUUUUUUUUUUUUUUUUUUUUCUCGGUGGCUGACUUACAAGUGUGACACAUUCCACAGCGAGGGCCGUGGGGGUCGCCGAGCAGAAACCAAAGGGUCAUUGUCAGCGAGGGCCCCGUCAGCACCGCAGCAUGUCCCACAGGAAACGGCAUCCAGAGCAACAGCUCGAGAAAAACACCUCUGUGUUCUGUUUCCGGAAGCUGUUUCCCUCGGGGAGGCGAGGCGAGGGGAGGGGGGGAUCGGUGGGGUGAACGCAAGGUUACUAGUUGUGUUGCUCGCUUCCAUUCUCUGUAUUUUCAUUGUGUAGGGAAAUAAUAAGAUCGUCUGGAUUUGGAAAUCUGAAUAACAUAAUUGAUAUCUGAAAGCAGCUCGAGAGCGAACCUGGAAACACCUCAGAUCAUUUGGGCGAGAGCUACAGAAAAACACUUCUGUGUUUUUUUGUUGUUUUUUUUCCGGAAGCUGUUUUCCUGGGGAGGUGGGAGGGGUGACUGCAAGGUGACGAAUAUGAGUUUGAGUUUAAAGGGAAGUAUGAAAAGGGAAGCGCUGAUAUUAUUAUUAUCCAGAUUUUAAAUAAGAAACGUGGUUUGAUUUCAGCUGGGACGGCCCAGUGAGUGUGCAGAUGGCUCAGUAGUGGAUCACAAACACGUCACAUUCACACCUCAUAUAACCAGAUCAUUUGGAAAACUGCAGAAAACCCCAUUUAUGUUCUGUUUCCAGAAGCUGUUUUUCUGGGGGAGACUCAGGAGAAUGGGUAAAUGUUGCUUUUUUCCCCAUGCGGUUGUUGGUUUCUGUCAUUAUUUAUUGCAAAAACACUGACAUAAUUAUUCUGAUUUAAAAUAAAUAAAUAAAUAAAUGGUUUGACAUUAUUCGGGGCGGCCUGAUGCAUCUGCAGGUGGAUGUGGAAACAGCCACAGCUACAGAAAAACCUGUUUCCCCAGGUGAACGCAUGGUUACGAGCAUGAAUUGAAGCUAGCGGGAAAACGCUGUUUGCAUUCUUUCAUUUUUCAUUAAGGAAGCACUGAUAUUAUCAUCCAGAUUUUAAAUAAAAAGCGUGUUUGAUACGCCCCAGUGAGCGGAUCUGGAUAGAUCUUACAUUAGCAGAUAAAAAAAAAACGUCCAAGCUUUUCCGGAGGAGAGGGUGAAUGGAAGGUUAGCGGUAUGAAUUCAGGAGCCCCGAUACAAGUAUCCCAAAUUAAAAAUAAAUAAACGUGUUUGGUAUCAGUCCGGACGCUUGAUGAAUCUGUAGCUCGAGCGAAACUGGAAACACCAACAGAAAAACACGUCUUUUUUAGCGGGGAAAUGCUGCUUCCAUCCUCUCAUUUCUUAUAAGGAAGCACUGAUGUUAUCAUCCAGAUUUAAAUGAGAAAUGUUUUUGAUAUGAGCUGGGACAACCCAAUGAAUGAAUCUGGAAAAAAAAUCACACGUUACCAGAUAAUUUGGAAAACUACAGAAAAAAAAAACAUUUAUGUUCUGUUUGCGGAAGCUGUUUGAACUGAGGGAGAGGGUGAAUUAAAAGGCUACAGGUAUGAAUUCAGGAGAAAGGGGAAAUGUUGCUUCCUUGCAAAAGCACCGAUGUAAUUAUCCCGAAUUAAAAAAUAAAUAACGCGCUGGAUAUUAGUCAGGACGGCGCAAAGAAUCUGCAAGUGGUUCCAAAGUGGACCUGGACAAAUGUCAUGUCACCAGAUAAUUCAGAGCGCGGCAGAAAAACCUGUCUGAGUUCCAUCGUUGUUGUUUUCCCGGGUGAAUGCAAGGUGUGAAUUCAGGCUACGAGCCUCCGUCUCGUUCCUGUUCCUGUAAAUUGUCACAUGAUUGUUACGGGAAGCUUGAACCAAAAACAUGACCUGAAUGUCAGGUCUUACUUUCAUACGCGCUCACGGUUUUGACAGUUUGAUCAGCAGAUGUUUUAAAGUCAUUAGCUGACAAUCAAGCUGAACCAUCUCACCUUAAGAAAACCGACCCCGGAGAGAAACGCAUCGGAUGCUUCUGCACCACGACACCAGUUUAAGAAGAAGACAUUUAAAUAAACGACCGCCAGGAUGUGAGAAUAUACUCCAAAUGUGUUAUGCAUCUACCAAAGCGGCUACGCGCGUUUAGUUAUCUGAGCCAAACAGAGGAGUGAAAUGUGACUAUCAUUUGUUCUCGUAACCCGGACUUUCCAUUAAACGUUUACGGGCUGGUUACGAAAACGCAGCUCAGCCUGCUCACGAUGCAGCUCCACACCUCACAUUUGCUGUGUAAUAAGCCAGUUACACAAGCGCUGGCCCAGUUAGCCAGUGACCUCUCUUUCCUGAGUGUGAGAGUGCGGAUUAGUGCGUUUAUAUGUGUGUGUGUGCAUGUGUGUGUGCAUGUGUGUCUGUGUGUGUUGCACGGGCAGAAAACACGAGGGAGAGGAUGUCACGAUGUGGGUCACAGCAGGAUGGAAGUGGGUCAGAGUCACCCUGCUCUUCUCCGUUUGCGGCUCCGCUAAGAGGACGGCGGCUGACGGCGUCAGCAGGAUUUGGAUGUGUGUUUACGCUAGCAGCGUGCCUAAUCAAUAAAACAGAAGAAGAAGAAAAAAAACGCAGAAUGUGGGUGUGUCUUUCCUGAGGAGACACGGCGACGCUCCGUUCCUACCUUGUUUUUGUGCGCUGCAUCCUAUCGACAAGAAUAGCUGGAAGGGAAAAAACCACCAGCAUCAUGUGCCCCCCCGGCACCUCUGACCUCAACGCCCAAAUUUCUAUGGAGGCAUGUGUUUGGUUUCCCUCUGUCAAUUCCAGAAAACAUCUAUGAAUAAAAAAAAACAAAAAAGAAAAACAUCAGCUUACCUUUUGUUACCUUACAGGAAAGUGCAGAAUUACUGGCAUCCCACUCAAAACUAGGCUUAAAUUAGAUUGUCUGGCUUCAGUACCAGAAAC